UGAAGAAUCGUACACAGCAGGGAUGGAGAAAAGCGGUUGCAUAGACCAAAUGUAUGUAUGAAUGAUGUCCAGUCACGUGAUUAGUUCUUGAUGGUCAUAUCACGUUCCUCGAAUAUGAAUUUUUCAUAAAAUGUUUUUAUGAGGCUCAGUGUUUUAACAGUAGGAUGCUGCUAGUUAGUGAAUUAUUAACUCCUGUUGGCAUGAAUCAGGGGUACUUGUUAGUACACCACUUGUGAAGAACGGAAGUACAACAUUACAAACAUGCCAAAGGACGCGCCAUGAUGUUUGCCAUCAAGAACUCGUUAAACUUCCUGCUUCAAAAAAGUCUGCAGCAUCCCACAAAGUCAGUUUGCUACCAACAGUCUUUCUUCUGGAGAGAAUGAUGCUGUAUAACAGUGGAAGUCCUCUGUCCUUGGCGGUUCUACUGAUGGUCACCUGCUUCUUAAAAGGGUAUACGGCAUUACAAUGUCACUGUAAAAGUGGAUGCUCAGCCAAUCAGAAGGAUUGUCCUGGUGGGUGCCACUUCGGAUGGGGGAACACCAAUUGUACCCAAAAUAUAUGUAAUUGUGAGAAAUGCACCUUAAAGGACACCUGCAAGACCUCGAAUGAAUGUUCAAAAUGCAAAGAUGGCUGGGACGGUACUUGCUGCACAAGGCGUAUACGAAAUAUUCCGCUUCGCAAGGGAACACCCUCACGUUGUCUGCCGAUUAAUGAGUCGUGGAAAAGCAUACCAUUCAAAAACGGAACAGAAAAUUUUCAACAUAUUGAAUUGUUCUUUCCAGAAGGUGAACAAUUUUACCUAUCUGGAUGCAACGUGACGUUUGGCGAGAAUAAGUGCAACGUUUCUGUACCCAGCGGUCCUGUCACUGGGUCGAUCGUCCUCAGUUGUCAUCACGAUGUGAAAGCAGCUAAGAUAAAAAUUGCCUGUGCAACGGAGAACUCAAUUAAGCUUUGUAAUGUCAAAGUUUACUGGUGCAAAGAUUUUUGGUGGGGUCCAGAGAAUGGCUGCCAGCCAUGCAGAUGCGCGAAUGGACAGAAGUGUGACAAGUGGACAGGUGAUUGCAAUGAUGGCGGCAGGUGUGCACAUGGAUGGUAUGGACAAAACUGCAGCAUAAAGUGUCCAUCCUGCUUUGAAAACGAAACCUGUAAUGAAAGCAGCGUGUGUCCCACAACAGCUUCAGGUGGGGAAAAGACAACAACAACAGCGAUGGUGAGAACGAGCACUGGAGUCGUCCAGGUCACAUCGUCCGACGUCAGACACAGCACACCAAAGGUGACGGUCACACAAGAGCCUCCUACUACAAGCCAGACACGGACAACUCCUGGUCCUUCUGUAAGCCGUGGCCCUCCAACAACUCCUGGUCCUGAAACACUUGGACCUUUCCUGAUGUCUUCUACAGAACGCUGGAACACUCCUGGUACAACAGAUAGACAUCCUAAGUUAUUAGAUACAUCUACAGUCGCAGGUGUGAACCAUCAGAGUGUGUUCCCGACCAACAUUCAGUCUUUCCCAAUGCGCACUAUCGUCAUUUCCGUGAUUGUGAUUGUUUCCGUGGCUGUAAUUGUCGCCGGAGCUGCUGUCUUCUUGAACAGGAGGAGGUUGAAAAAGACCUGCGGAGCCAUGAUGAGUAGGAGAAGCAGUGACAGCUCCAUGUCCCUCUCCCUACCAGACUCUGGAGUGAACAGGGGAGACAGCCUACACAUUGGUCUCUCUGGUACAGGGAUUGCUGAUCAGACCAGCAGUCUAACACCUGGUGGUGGACAAGAAGAUGCUGUGUAUGCUAACACUAUCCAGCUAUUUGCUCCAACAACCACACCGAUUUCUUGCCAGAACUUCCGAAAUCACACGAGCCACCUGCUGAAAAAUAACGGCUUCACCCGUGAAUACGAGGCGCUACCAGGUGAUUUCUGUGACUCAGUUAAUGAUGCUAUACUGCCGCAGAACAUCAGCAGAAACAGGUUCAAGGGACUGUAUCCAUAUGACAACAAUCGAGUUGUUCUGAGACCCAUAGAGAGAGAUGACACAGACUAUAUCAAUGCCAGCUACAUUGAUGGGUACAAAGAAAGUAUGGCAUACAUAGCAACUCAAGGACCCCUGCCUGGAACAAUACCAGAUUUCUGGCAUAUGGUUUGGAGUGAGGAUUGUGGAAAGAUUGUCAUGCUAACCAAUCUGGUGGAGCCACCUAAGGUAAAAUGUGCCAAGUACUGGCCAGAUGAAGCACAGAGCGAGGCAUAUGGUCACUAUAGCAUCACAUGUCUCAAAGUCAACACUUAUUCUCACUAUGUCCAUCGAGUACUGUCCCUAUCUAGGAGUGGAGAUCAGGAGAACCAAGAGGCACGAAAAAUCCACCAUUUUCAGUUCACAGCCUGGCCAGAUCAUGAUGUUCCCAAUCCCACUGCCCUUGUAAUUUUCCACACCCUUGUCCGGCAUUCACCCACUCUCCAUGAGGGACCACUUCUUGUUCACUGCAGCGCUGGUGUGGGUAGGUCUGGUACCUAUAUUGCACUUGACAUCUUGACACGAGAGGCAGAAGCCACUAGUUGUGUCUCUGUGUUUCCUACUGUCAGACAUAUACGGAGACAACGCAUGAAAAUGGUUCAAAACCUUGCCCAGUAUUGGUUCUUGCAUGAGGCACUGGCAGAGGCUUUGGAAAGCAUGGACUCUGUUAUCAUGGCACAUGAUGUUCUGCAUGGUAGCGUGUGGAAAUCCGACGACAAAACAUCACAACUGCCUGAUGGUGUGAGAAAGAAAUUACUGGCACAGUUCCAGGCCCUUGACAGCCAGCGCCCUCAACCAAGCAUGGAGCAAACAAAAACUGCUCGGCAGCAGGAAAAUGUCUGGAAGAAUCGCUUCCCUGACAUCUUGCCAGUGGAAGAGUACCGUGUUUGUUUGUGGACCCCUGAUGAGUCAGCUAGUGAUUACAUCAAUGCUGUGUUUCUGCCAUCCCAUUAUGACCACAUGGGAUUCAUUGCUACCCAGCUGCCCCUUGCGGAUACUGUAUUGGAUUUCUGGAGAAUGACUUUUGAUUGGAAAGUAGCGACCAUUGUUCAGUUGAUUGAUGGACCACCUGAUCAGCACAGUGAUGGACUUUUUCCAGUCCCAGGUAGUCAUAUUUCCCUUGGGCCUUUCACUGUCUGUAGCAAGGAUGCAUCACCAUGGUUACAUGGAAUCCAUAGACAGACUCUGAUGGUGCAGAACAAGGAAGUGGGAGACAUUUGGCAAUCUGUUCAAGUGUACCUGGUGAGCAGUCCUGAUAUUUUAAACAUGAAAAAUACUGCCCCAUGGCUGUCCUUGACAAAGGUCCUGGCGCAAGUCCCAAGUCAAGGAACGCCACCUCCAGUACUUAUACAGUGCUUUGAUGGAGCAAGUAAAAGCUGUUUCCUUAUUGCUUUGGCAAUAACUUUGAGAUCAAUAGAUGAGAAUGGCCAAGCCUCACCUUAUUUAAUAGCUCAUCUGCUGCAGAAUGCAAGACCACAAGCUUUCAUGCACUUUGAAGAGUACGAGUUUCUGAUUUGCUGCAUGGUGGACCACCUAAGGAAGACAAAUAAGAGCCUUCCAGAUGACCAGGAAGUCAUCGAUCAGAGCAUUAGAUGGCAGAACGAAAAUACAUACGGCAACAUAUGAAAUCAGUAUUUCCAGUCUUCUUUGAAGUUGACAUUUCUAAAAUCAGAGCUGUCCAUGAAUAGAAUUUUUUGUGCACUCAGCUCCAUGUAUUGUUGUCUCAGGUACAAAAUGUUAUGUUGAAAUCUUCUGCUUCUGUACGCCAUCCCUUUUGUAAAUGAAUCCGUUCAAAGUUCACUUCAUAUUCUGCAUCAAGCUCCAUUAAAUCUGGUUCUCUAGUUUUGAUGUCGGGAAAAAUGCAGAUAGUUAUCAAUACAUAAAAUUAAAGUCUUAGUCCAUGCAGUUCCUCAAACGGCAUGACAGCAGCUGAAUUUUUUGUGGCAAAUUCUAAUGUGCUUCUCUGUUGAAGAUAUCUAAAACAGAGCUGUAUUCUUGUAAGAAAUUUUUGGCUUAGUUAAUAUCUUUACAUUUUUAAAUUCCGGAAUGCUUCCCAUUCCUGUAACUUCGAAAUAUUUUAUGACUAUUAAUGUUUACUAAUACUUAUGCAUCCAUGACUAAGGACCAGCUGUAACGGUAGAGCUGCUUUGUACUGAGAGAAAGAUCAUAAACUGCUUCACAUUUUUGUAGGCAAAGAAUGCUAACAGGCUGGACAGUGUGAACAAAAGAUCUUUGCCAACACUCUGUGUGUGUGUGUGCAGCCAGAUAAGAAAGAAGACAGAAUUGAGAAAUUAAUGACAACCAUUUGUGGCAUUAAAGAUUUUGUAUGAAAAGGGUGAAACACACUAAAAAUAAUUCAUUAUCAAUUCCCUUCAAAAAAAAAAAAAAAAAAAAAGACUUGAUUUCAUGAUGAUGCGCCAGAAUGUCUAAAACGAUUGCUCUUUAUUUAACACCCAGCAAUCUUUGCUCAGCUUUGAGGGCUCGACUGUGUCUAAACAGUUUUAAUUUUGGAAGUCACUUCAAGAGGACGUUCAGGUGUUUCACCAGUUAAAAUCCCAUUCUGUGGGAAGAAUGUUUCCUGUACUAAAUAACUGUGAUACUUUCGCUUUAAGAAGAAAAAUUAUUUAAAACCCCUCUCCUUGAACUAAAAAUGUUUUAGCUUCUUUCCGAAAACAAUCAUUUAAAUUGACAAUUAUUUACUCUGAGACCCAUUCCCCACGUCUAGGUAGACUAAGCUGUUACAGAAUUCCUCAUUAUUUCAUUAUGUUGAACUAUUCAUCCCUAUUACUAUGAGUUCUUUCCUACAAUGUAUCAACAAAAUGAUGCAGUUCAAAUGUUUCAUAUACGUAAAGUAUUCACUAAUCUUUUGUUUUGUAGUUCUAUUAUUUAGCAGAUGUUUGCCUGACAAAGCCAACUCUGCGGUGUUUGAGGAUAAGUGCAAUGAAAGGCAUACUGUUAUGUCCUUUUGCAGGUUGUUUACCAGCAUGAUUGCAUAAAAUGCUUAAAACAAUU